GUGUCUACACAAUGCAGUAUUCUUCAUUUCUCUGGGUUUUCAUUAAAUUAGAGUUUGCUUAAUUAUAUCACAAAAUCAGUGUCUAUGGCUCGCAAAUUGAUUUUCAUCUCUCACCUAAACGCAGCCUGUGUUACCAUGUUGAUCAUGUUAAUCUUGAACAUGACAUGUGAGGCUACACAUCCUAAACUUUCUACCAAAUUUUAUCGCAAAAAAUGUCCAGAUGCGCUUACUACUAUAAGAAAAUCCGUCAGAACCGCCAUUUCUAAAGAGCGACGUAUGGCAGCGUCUCUCAUUCGUCUUCAUUUCCAUGACUGCUUUGUUCAGGGAUGUGAUGCCUCGAUUCUGCUUGAUGAAGCCCAUUCAAUCAAGAGCGAAAAAACUGCACUCCCCAACAAUGCUUCGGUUAGAGGCUAUCAAGUCAUAGACAAUGCCAAAGCUGCCGUAGAGAAAAUAUGUCCCGGAGUUGUAUCUUGUGCUGAUAUUGUCACGGUGGCAGCCAGAGACGCAUCUGAAUAUGUGGGCGGCCCAUCAUGGAAGGUAAAGCUGGGACGAAGAGAUUCAACGACUGCAAGCAGAUCUCUAGCUGAAAGUGGUGAACUUCCUAGUUUUACAGCCAGCCUUGAUCAACUCAUAACACUCUUUGCACGUAAAGGACUUGAUAAAAGAGACUUGGUUGCUUUGUCAGGUUCCCACACAAUUGGACAAGCCCAAUGCUUUACAUUUCGCAAUAGAAUAUACAACAAAACCAGUGACAUUGAUGCUGGAUUCGCAAACACUCGUAAGGGGCGUUGUCCAAAAAACAGCGGCAGCGACAAGCUCUCACCACUUGAUUUGGUGACACCCAAUUCUUUUGAUAACAAUUACUUCAAGAAUUUGAUACAAAAGAAGGGUCUUCUUCACUCUGACCAAGUUCUCUUUAGCGGCGGAUCCACCGACAAAAUUGUGUAUGAAUACAGCAAGAAUCCUUCUCUCUUUAACACCUAUUUCGCAUCUGCCAUGAUUAAAAUGGGAAACAAUGAUGUUCUUACUGGUUCAUCUGGGGAGAUAAGGAGGAUAUGCAGUGUUGUCAACUAAUAUAUAUAUGUACUUUCCACCAUCGUCUACAUACAUAUAUAUGUGUGAUUGUGUACAAUAAUUUUUAUUUUGUGUGUUUCAAUUUAUUGUAAUUUUCUCUCAAAUAAAGCAAACCAUGUAAAACAUCUAGACCAA